AUGACUGAUAAUAGGGGCAGUGAUGAUGUCCACUUCGGAGAAAGUCCGGAGAAGGGGAUCAAAUCUUACACAGAACCAACUCGAGAGGUUCAGCUGCUGGGAGAAGGGAGCCCCGGUGUUCGCCGUAUCGAAAUCAUCGCAUCGGAGUUUCGCUUGAUCGAUCGGGUUUUUCUAUUCUGCAGUAUCUUUCUGGUUGCAUAUGUCUAUGGUCUAGAUGGCACUGUUCGGUACACCUACCAGCCUUAUGCGACUGCAAGCUAUGGUCAACAUAGUUUACUCGCAACGAUCAACGUUCUUCGCGCCGUCAUUGCCGCAGCCGCUCAGCCUACUGCCGCCAAGAUUGCCGAUGUCUUCGGCAGAGUUGAACUUAUCCUAGUCUCGAUUGUCUUUUAUACCGUCGGUACGAUUGUCGAAACAUUUGCUACGAAUGUGGAGGCUUUUUCUGCGGGCGCGGUCAUCUAUCAGAUUGGAUACACAUGCAUCAUGUUGCUUCUCGAAGUCUUGAUUGCCGAUGUGACAUCUAGCCGCUCUCGUCUCUUAUUUUCAUUCAUUCCAGCCCUUCCUUUUAUCAUCAAUACCUGGAUCAGCGGAAAUUUGACCUCUGAAGUUCUUAAAGUGACAUCGUGGAAAUGGGGAAUCGGGAUGUUCGCGAUUAUUUACCCAGUCUGUUCGCUUCCUUUGAUCGCCGUGCUUUUCAUCGUCCACCGCCGCGCGAAACGAUCCGGGAAAUUGGAAUCGUAUAAAAGUUCUCUCGAGCUCCUUGGUGGUCAGAAGCUGGCUCUAGAGCUAUUCUGGCACCUCGACGUCAUUGGCCUCGUUCUCGUGAUUGCCAUGCUUGCCUGCAUUCUCGUUCCUUUCACUCUUGCAGGAGGAGUCACUGCGCAAUGGAAGACGGCAAAAGUAAUCGCACCACUCGUCAUCGGAGUUCUGCUUGUUCCAAUCUGGGUCUACUGGGAGAAAACAUGCCCGCAUCCCAUGCUGCCAUUCAGAAAUUUGAAAAACCGCGCUAUUUGGGGCCCUCUUGGUAUUGCAGUCAUGUUGAAUACCGCGUGGUAUCUCCAGGGAGAUUUUCUCUACACCGUUCUUUACGUCAGCUUUGAUGAAUCGGUACUUAGUGCCACUAGAAUUACAUCUCUUUACAGCUUCACAUCUGUCAUCACUGGUGUGGUUCUCGGUUUCCUCGUCAUGAAGCUUCGUCAGCUGAAGCCUUUCAUUGUAUCUGGAACUGUGUUGUUCAUGGUUGCAUUUGGCAUCCUCAUCUAUUUCCGCGGUGGCUCCAGUGGCUCCAGUCACUCAGGAGUCAUCGGAGCACAGGUGCUUUUAGGUCUCGCCGGUGGUCUAUUCUCCUACCCAGCUCAGGCAAGCAUUCAAGUUGCUUCCAAGCAUGAGCACCUUGCUGUUGUGACUGGUAUCUAUCUUGCUUCGUAUAAUAUCGGGAGUGCAAUUGGUAAUACAAUUUCCGGUGCGAUCUGGAAUCAGGUAUUGCCCGCGGAGUUGAUUCGACAACUUGGGAACGAGACUCUUGCAGCCCAAGUUUAUGGAGCACCAUUCCCAUUUGCAGACGCGAAUCCAGUUGGUACUCCCGAUCGGGAUGCCGUGGUUGUGGCAUACCAAAAGACCCAGCGUUUGCUCUGCAUAACGGGAAUUUGCCUAACCAUACCGUUGAUUGCGUUCGCGCUGUGCAUUCGGAAUCCGAAAUUGACUAAAGAGCAAACUCUUGUCAAGGACGACGAUCAGUCAAGCCACGACUCCACAUCUCUACGCUAG